AUGUUUGUUUGAACUGGGCUCUCCAGAUAGAGACAGUAAAAAGGGUUAAAGUGACAGGACGAGACCCGGAAAUAGUCUAGAACUGGAGGUGCUCUAGCAGUGUCAAUCAAGCUUGAAACUUGUUUUGUUUCCGGUUGGGGAUUAAAAGGGCAGAAUGAGACCAUAGAGCCCAAACGACCCAGAGUGGCCAACGUAAAAGGACGGAAGAACAGAGACUUAAACCAGAGAGGGGAAGACUGUGGGGACAGUGAGAUAUAAAGAAAUAAACGGAGUUGAACAACUAUAAGAAUGGCGACCAGAGGUAAGGCUGGUAAUAAUGGUAGCAAUGGGAAAACUCCAGAAAGAAAUAAUAUUGAAAUGAAUACGAGACUGGAUCAGCUUACAGAUCUGAUAGUGUCCUUUCAAGAAGACGUAAAUGGUAAAUUGAGCAAACUGGACAAAUUAGAUCAAAGAUUUGAGUCCUUUGAAAAAGAAAUAUUAGAAAUAAAAAAGGACCUGAGCCAAGUUAAGAAGAUAGAAACUUCAAUGGUGGAUCUUAAGAAAGAAGUGGGAAGUAUAAAAAAUGAAAUGACAGUGACUGAUAGUAAAGUGGAAAUUAUGAAGAAUCAACAAGAACAAUUACUAGAUCAAAUGGCUCUGAUGGACCUAAAAUUAAAAGAAAAUCAACUGAGGAUAAGAGGAUGUAAGGAGGAAGGAAAAGAAGAUGUAAGAAAAAAGCUGAUUACUGCGUUAGGAGAAUUCCUGGAAAUAGAGGAGGAAGAUCUGGAUCAAGAUAUAGAAAAGAUUUUUAGAGUAAACUCCAGAUUUGCUAGGAAUAACCACACACCAAGAGACAUAAUAAUAAUUUUUGAAAGGAAAAGAACAAGGGAUGAAGUUCUUAUGAAACACUCUAAAGAAAGACUUAAAAUCCUAGGACAAGAGGUGAUAAUACUGAAAGAAGUCCCAAACCAUAUUUUAAGGAAAAGAAAGGACUACACCCCACUAAAAAUUGGCUAAAAGAAAACAACAUUGUAUUUAGAUGGGGGAUGUUGGAAGGUGUAAGCUUUGUAUGGAACUCAGAGAGAAUUGUAAUAGACUCAAUACAACAAGCACAAGACUUCCUGAAAGAGAAAACAGGGACCAAAAGUUUGAAGGGAGGAAAAAAGAAUGGUAAGUGAAUGAAAUUUAUCCUUUGAUUCAUGUAAAUAAUUAUUUGGACUUUGUAUAUUACACUUGUGACUAUACGUAUGUUAAGAACGUGAAUAGUAAUGGAAAUAUACAUUGUUACUGAGGAAAGUAUGGGGACUUCAACCCACCUAUGGUUUUGGAGGUGGGGGGGGGUCCCUCUUCUUUUGCAGAGGAUUUCAAGGUUAUGAUUAUCACCAUAUAUUUUUUAAAUAUGUUCAUUAGUCUAAUUAAUUGGGAAUGCAAGAUAAAGUCUCAAGUGGGAAUUAAAUUUACAGGCCACUCUACAGAUGAACUGAUAAAUCUAUGACAAUUAAUUUAUUAUCUAUAAAUGUAAUGGACUUAACAGCCCUAACAAGAGAAGGAAAAUUUUUAGUUAUCUAUACCAAACUAAACAUGACAUAAUUUGUGUGCAGGAAACGCAUAUAAGGACAAAAGAUAGGAAGGAUAUAGAAUGUAAAAAAUUAGGAUCGUUGUAUCAAACGACGAGUGAUAAAAGAAAAAAGGAGUGGCAAUUUAUGUAAAAGAAAGACUAGAUCCAAGACUCAUCAUUGAAGACCAGACAGGAAGAUAUAUAGGUGUAGAGGUAAAAAUAAACAAUAUGAAAACACUAAUAAUAGGAUUAUAUGCACCAAACAAGAAAAAAGCCCAGUUCUUUAAAAAUAUACUAAAAGAAGUAUCACAAUUCAUGUAUGACAAUAUAAUCAUAAUGGGUGAUUUUAACGGAAUAGUAAAUAACAUACUGGACAGAAAAGGGAAGAAAGAUAUAACUAGUGGUGUACUUCCAUUAUCUUUCUUUGAUUUAGUAAAUAUCCUAAGAUUGAAAGAUGUAUGGAGAGAGAAGGAAAAAAAUACGAAAGAAUUCACCUUUUUUUCAAAUAGACAUGCGAGCCAUACUCGCAUAGAUAUGAUUUGGGCUACAGAACUGCUGAACUUUAAAACGAAAAAAAUAAAAAUAUUACCCCGGUUGGUGUCAGACCACAACCCAGUCAGCUGGCAGAUAAUAAAUAAAAAAAAUAAAAGUAGAGGAUAUACUAUCAAAAAUUGGUUGUUACAAAAUAAGAAAGUGUUGGAAAUAAAUGAAUUAAAAAUGAAAGAAUUCUUCCAGGUAAAUAAUGGUUCAGUAGAAGAUGAAAAGAUAAUCUGGGAAACGAGUAAAGCAUAUGCUAGAGGCAUAUUUAUAGAGCAAGAAGUACGGAUUAAGAGAGAAAAAGAACGAGAACAACAGAAAAUACAAGAAGAAUUAGAUAAGUUAGAAAAGGAUUUGAUUAGGAGACCGGAGAAUAAAAAAAUUAGGAAAAAGAUACAGAGUUUGAAACAAAAAAUAGAUCAAAAAUACCAAAUUGAGAUGGUGAAAAUUUUAAAAAUUUUGAAACAGAGGGAAUUUGAAUGGGGUAACAAACCAGGAAAAUGGUUGUCACAAAAAUUAAGGAAAGAAAAAGAAUUAAGGACGAUAACACAAAUUAGAGAUAAAAAUGAAGUCAUUACAGAUGAAAAUAAAAUAGAAAAAUUAUUUCUAGAAUAUUAUGAGAAAUUAUAUAAAGAAGGAGGAAAAUCUGUACGCUCAAUAGAACAAUACCUAAAAGAUAUGAAAAUCCCAAGGAUAAGUGCAGAGGACCUGGAGGAAUUAAAUAAGAACAUAACGAGGGAAGAGAUUAUAGAAGUUAUUAACAAUUUACAAGAUGAUAAGGCCCCGGGACCUGAUGGUCUGACACCAAAAUAUUACAAAAAAAAUGAAGGAAAUAAUACUACCAAACAUGCUAGAAAUGUUCAACGAAGUGUUAGAAGGGAAAAGAAUACCUAAGACAUGGGAAGACGCUUUUAUUACACUGAUACCAAAAGCACAACAAAAAAUACUAGAAGUAUCAAAUUAUAGACCCAUUUCCCUUCUCAAUGUGGACUACAAGAUUUUCGCAAAAAUUCUGGCAGAAAGAUUAAAAAAGAAAUUUAUGAAAAAAUAUAUUGGAGAAGACCAGGUAGGGUUCAUGUCAGGGAGAAGUAGUAAAGAGAAUAUAAGAAUAGUAAUAGAUAUGAUCGAGUAUUUGAGUUAUAAACCAGGGAAAAAAGCAGCGCUAGUUUUUCUAGACGCUGAAAACGCUUUCGAUAAUGUGAGUUGGCAAUUUAUGAAUAGUGUUUUAGGGAAGAUAGGAAUAGAGGGGAAAUUCAAAAAAGCAAUUGAUGCAAUAUAUAAAAAUCAAGGGGCAUCGAUAUUAAUAAAUGGAAACCCAACAAAACAAUUCAGUAUAAAUAAAGGCACCAGACAAGGUUGCCCAUUAUCGCCAAUAUUAUUUAAUCUACAAUUGGAAAUCUUGGGGUAUAAAAUAAAUGGAGACAAAACAUGGAAAGGAAUUAAAGUUAAGGAUUGUGAAUACAAAUACAGGGCUUUUGCGGAUGAUUUAGUCUUAUUUGUAGAAGAUCCAGUAGAAAAUAUUUUAGAAAUCCAAAAUAAGUUAUUUGAUUUUGGGAAAGUUUCAGGAUUUAAAGUAAAUAACGAAAAAACAAAAAUUUUGGCAAAAAAUCUGACGAGUGUAGAAAAAGAAAAACUUCAGAAACAUAUGGGAUAUAAGGUAGAAAAGAAAGUGAAAUACUUAGGUAUAAUAAUAGAAAACCAAAACAACACAUUGUAUGAAAAUAAUUAUAAAAAGAAGUGGACAGAAAUUGAAUAUGAUAUAGAAAGAUGGAAUAAAUUGAAUUUAUCCCUUUUAGGGAGAAUAGCAGUAAUAAAAAAUAAUAUUAUGCCUAAAUUGAUGUACAUCCUUCAGAAUGUCCCAGUGAUGUUGACUGCAAAAACGAUUGAGAAAUGGAAGAGAACGUUAGUAAAAUUUAUAUGGAAUGGAAAAAGAUCAAGAAUAAACUACCUAACACUAAUAGAUGAAAAAGAAAGAGGAGGGCUGAAACUAUCCGAUCUACAGACAUACUACGAUGCAAAUAUGCUAGCUUGGACUAUAGAUUGGAUCUUCUUAAAAAAUAGGAAGUUAUUAACAUUAGAAGGAUAUGAUCUAGUAAAAGGCUGGCAUGGAUAUCUGUGGCCAGUAGGAGAAGGGAAAGAUAACAAAUCCUUCCAAAAUCAUUACGUAAGGAAAGUACUAUGGAAUACAUGGGUUAAAUAUAAAAGAAGAUUAUAUCAGAAAAUGCCCAGAUGGGUUUCAAGGGCGGAAACAUUGCAAAUAAAAGAAUUUAAUAAAGAGAGGAAUUGGCCAACAUACGAAAAUACAACAAAUAUAAUAAAUAAUGGAAUUGAACUAAAAAAUAGAGAAGAAAUCUAUAACAAGGAUGCCAUUUGCCACUGGUAUACAUACCACCAAAUUUAUGAAAUUUUCAAAAAAGACAGAGAAAAAUUGGAUACCCAUAAUAAGAAGAAUGAAUUUGAUGAUUUGAUUAGUAAAGGAAAUAAAAAAUUAAUUAGUAGAAUAUACAAAUUACUGUUAAGGUUUAAAACGGAACAGAAUGAAGUUAAAGAUGUGAUGUUAAAAUGGUCCUUUGACCUAAAAAAAAUAUAACGUUAGAAGAAUGGGGAAAAAUUUGGAAACGACAAAAUAAAUUUACGUUAUCAACAAAUCUAAAGGAAAAUUUCAUAAAGGUCUACAACAGGUGGUACUAUACACCAGUACAACUGUCGAGAAUGGACAACAAAAAACAUGACAAAUGUUGGAAAUGUAGGAAAAAGAAAGUUUUUUUUAUACAUAUGUGGUGGAGCUGCAGAUGUAUAAAAAAAUAUUGGAAGAAAAUAGUAUCACAAAUGCAAAGGAUAUUGAAAACAAAAAUACAACUAAAACCAGAAAUAUUUUUGUUAGGAAUGACUAAGGAUAAAAAAAUAUUAAGGAAUGAUGUUCUUUUCCUUUAUAUGAUAACCGUGGCUAGAAUUGAAAUUGCAAAGUGUUGGAAAAAGAAAGAAACUCCAUCUGUGAGAAAAUGGGAAGACAAGAUGCAAGAAAUAAUGGACUUGGAUUUAUUAACUUGGAGAGUGAAAGACAACGAAGAAAAGUUUGAAGAAAUCUGGAAGCCGUUCAAACAAUACUAUAAGUUAUAACAUUUAUAUUUGAUUUAGAUAUUAGAAUAUGAAUUGCUAUAGGACGGGAGUAAUUGUAACUCCUGGG